CUCAUUUAUUCAAAGAUAUCUCUUCCACCCCACAACGUGCAAGACUAACCCUAGUAAUGGGUUUUAUUAAAAAGGACACAAUCGAGGGAAAUGUUAAGGAGCAAGAGGUUUGCACCACGGAUGGAUCUAUCGAUAGCCAUGGUCAUCCCGCAAUUCGACAAAGAACUGGCACUUGGGUUACGGCAGUUUUGAUUUUAGUGAAUCAAGGGCUUGCGACAUUGGCAUUCUUUGGGGUAGGAGUGAAUUUAGUACUAUUUUUGACGAGAGUGAUGGGUCAAGAGAAUGCUGAAGCAGCCAACAAUGUGAGCAAGUGGACAGGCACAGUUUACAUCUUCUCUCUUCUUGGAGCUUUCCUCAGUGACUCUUACUGGGGAAGGUAUAUCACCUGUGCCAUCUUCCAACUCAUAUUUGUUAUUGGUUUGGUGUCAUUAUCAUUGUCAUCUCACAUAUUCCUAUUGAAGCCGAGUGGUUGUGGAGAUAAAGAAUUACAAUGUGGAUCACACUCAUCAUACAAAACCAUUUUAUUCUAUGUCUCCAUAUAUCUAAUAGCCUUGGGAAAUGGAGGAUAUCAGCCUAACAUAGCUACAUUUGGUGCUGAUCAAUUUGACGAAGGAGAUCCAAAGGAACAAAAUUCAAAAGUAGCAUUUUUUAGCUACUUUUAUUUGGCUUUGAACCUUGGUUCCCUCUUCUCAAACACCGUAUUGGAUUAUUUUGAGGAUAAAGGACAAUGGACUUUGGGAUUUUGGGCUUCAGCUGCUUCUGCUGCUAUUGCAUUGAUUUUGUUCCUCUGUGGCACACGUAGGUAUAGAUACUUUAAGCCUGGUGGAAAUCCUCUACCUAGAGUUGGCCAAGUUUUUGUUGCUGCUGCAAGAAAAUGGAAGUUCAAGGUACCACGUGAAGGAAAACUAUACGAUGUUGAAGAGUCCUCAGACGAUGGAAAGAGGAAAAUGCUCCACACCAUAGGAUUUAGGUUCUUAGAUAAAGCAGCAUUCAUCACAUCAAAAGAUUUGGAGCAGAUAGAAGAGAAAAAAUGCAGUCCAUGGUGUCUGUCCACUGUGACACAAGUAGAAGAAGUGAAAUGCAUACUAAGACUAAUCCCAAUUUGGUUGUGCACUAUAAUGUACUCAGUUGUUUUCGCUCAAAUGGCAUCACUCUUUGUGGUGCAAGGUGAUGCUAUGGACACUGGUAUUUCAAGUUUCAACAUUCCUCCAGCAAGUAUGUCUAGCUUCGAUAUUUUAGGGGUAGCAUUGUUCAUCUUCACUAAUAGGCACAUUAUUGACCCUCUUAUAGCGAAAAUAAUGAAAACCAAACUCUCAGAGCUUCAAAGGAUGGGAAUUGGGCUAGUCCUUGCAAUCAUGGCCAUGGUUUCAGCAGGGUUGGUGGAGAAAUUCAGGCUAAAGUAUGCAAUAAAAGAUUGCAGCAAUAAUUGUGAGGAGUCUAGCUCACUGUCAAUUUUUUGGCAAGUACCACAAUAUAUGCUGACUGGAGCAUCAGAGGUUUUCAUGUAUGUGGCACAAUUAGAGUUCUUCAAUGGGCAAGCACCUGAUGGAUUAAAAAGCUUUGGCAGUGCACUUUGCAUGACAUCAAUAUCACUAGGAAACUAUGUAAGCAGUUUGCUUGUUGCAAUUGUGAUGAAAAUCUCUACCAGACAUGACAUACCAGGAUGGAUCCCAGGAAACCUAAACUUGGGACAUUUGGACAGGUUUUACUUCCUUUUAGCAGCACUAACAACAGCUGACCUCGUAAUUUAUAUUGUAUUGGCUAGGUGGUAUAAAUAUACCAAGUUUCAAGAAAAGAACCUAGAAGACAUCAAGAGGAAAAAUCAAGAGGGAUUUAUAGUGUAGAGAUAUUACAUGAUAAAUUAGAUAGUCUGUGCAAUAAUGGAAUUCAUUACGCAUUUCUCUUAGUGAAGCGGAUGUACUACAGAUUGUAUUCGAUUGAUCAUGUAUUUCAACUACAAUUAUAUUUUAUAUUAUUUUUCUUU